CGCUAACACGCGCAAUGCCUUUAUUUUCAAACAAGUUUUCCCCAAAAAAGACGCCUACUAGAAAGGCAGGAAUUUUCUUAGCAAAUAAAGAUUUUAGCCCGAAACGGGUCGAGAAGGAACUUGGACCGAACGUUGGACCCAUACGAUUAAAAUUAGGAGAUCAGGAAACUGUUUUCGAAUCAGGUGUAUGGAUUCCGGAAUCUGGCAAGAUUGGAGGGACAUAUAAGGAAAAUGAAAAGCUAAAGAAAGAAGUGAAAAGAUUAGAAGAAGAAAACAACCUAUUAAAACUAAAAUUUGAAGUACUUUUGGAUAUGUUAACCCAAUCUACUGCAGAGUUUAAUUCACAGAAGGAAGAACUAGGUAGAUUAAAAAGAAAUUUAUCAUAUAACAAAAACAGUGAUUCCUGACACAAUUUAUUAUCUUAAUUAAUGUAUUAAUUUCUCCAUAAGUCAGUCAUAAAAUAUGACAUUUUGUGUGUUUAAUCAAUCUGAAUCCUCUUAUUU